AUGAGUCACAAGGCUGCGACACGAGAGAAUCUCUGGACUUUAGCAUUUCAUUCUUUACCACCUGCGACGAAGGAAGACCUCGAGAAAUAUCAAAACGAGAAGGCUAUUGAAACCCUCGACGCAACCCUGAGGGCUGUCCGAGACAAACAACUAGUUUGCUUGCAAAAGCGUUGGACCGUCAAGACUAAAGCUGGAAAAAGACUCAUUGUUCGUGAUAUUCUUGACAAGGUAGCAUUCUGGAUCAACAGAUUCAAGGAGGUUGGUGACAUUGCUGUUCAGUAUGACCCCAGUCAUGCUUCACUGCCGUGGGCUGGCGUACGGGUUUUGCUCCAAGCGUCCAUCAACGACCUACAAACAUUCACCUCUGUCGCCGAAGGGCUAGAGACUUUGGCACUAAUCACCACUCGAUACUCUAUCCUCGAAAACAUUUAUCUACCCUCGACUGGACAAGCGCUUUCUUCGGCACAGUCAAAACUCUGUGAUGCUUUAGUAGCGCUUUACUCAGAGUCAUUGAAGUAUCUCGAUGACAUUGGAAAAUAUUACGAGAGAUCGACAGCGAAGCGUAUUGCUCGAAGUUUGGUUGACUCUUCGCACUCUGUGGAAACCAUUCUGAAAAGCAUUUCUACGAAGGAGGCGGAGGUGGAAAAGAUCGCUCAAACCGUUCAAACAGAGAUAUUGAAAGAGAAAUCUGAUCAACUGGGACAGUCUCUUAUAGUAUAUCAAAAUGAAGGACGCUCAUCUGUUGAAUCUUUGAAGAAUCUUUUCCAUUCACUUGAAGCACCACUGAUUCGCCUCAGUGACCCGCUUGUGCAGUUUCAAGAGUUACUGGAUCUGCAAGAGCGGCGCAGAUUUCUCAUGUGGCUUUCAAAUGAAAGCUAUAAACUACAACACGAGACUACAUACAAGGAAGUUGUCCCAGGAACCGCACAUUGGAUUUUAUCUCACAAGGAGUAUCAAUCGUGGCAAGCGUCAAGUGUGUGUUCAACUCUUUGGGUCCAUGGGAUUCCGGGUUGUGGGAAGACUAAACUCGCCUCCGUCAUCAUUCAGCAACACUUGGACUCCAUACUGCAAAAUUCUUGCAAUGCGCCUGUUGCCUACAUCUACUGCUCGAAUACGAAAACCAGCUUGUCGUCUCUUACCUGCGCUGCAAUCCUUCGAAAUGUCGUCAAGCAGCUUGCAGUCACCCAACAGGGACAGAAGGUGCGACAAGGAUUAUGGGAUGAGUUCAAGAAGAGACAGAAAGCUGCAGAUAUGGAUGGGCUUGAUCCAUUACCUCUCACAGUAGAUGAAUGUGUUCAAAUGUUGCUUGAACUAACUCUCGACUGCCCCGCGACUAUCAUCAUUGAUGGACUUGACGAGCUAGUUGGAAACCAACUGGAUAUCCUAACAAGUCUUCAAACUCUAGAAAAUGAAUCAUCCAGUCUCAUCAAGAUUAUGAUUUCCAGUCGCGAAGAUACGUAUAUCGCACAAGAGCUACACGACGCCAUUUCACUCCCUGUCACUAUUUGCCAGAAUUCAGAAGAUAUCAAGACCUUCGUGCAGCAUUCAGUCAGCUCAGCGAUCACCAAUCGAAAGCUCCUCGGAGGAAGCGUCUCAGCAUCUCUUAAAAACCACUUGGUUGAAAGUCUAUAUCAAGGGGCAAGGGGGAUGUUUCUUUGGCCUGCAAUGCAACUGGAAUACCUUUGCGAUCGCCGAAAGUUCAAACUUGAAGAAGAUAUCGUCGAGGCCUUGAAAGCUCUCCCACCCAGUCUGGUCAGCACAUUUGACAAUCUCUAUGCGCGGAUCAAUCUCUUCGAGCACCAUGCCAAAACGAUGGUGAUGCGCAUCUUCGCUUGGCUCAUAGCAAAAGAGAGAGAGCUUUCUGCCUCAGAGCUAUUAAUGGCUAUAUCCUCCAACGAAAAAGCUGACGAUUCGAGUAUCAGCAUAGCAUCUGGUACCAUAGAUCCUCAGCUCAUACUUGACUUAUGCUGCAAUUUUGUCAUUUUCGACGACAACAUGAAACGAUUUUCCUUUAUUCAUUCAUCCGUCCUUGAAUAUCUCCAAGCUCUUCCGGAAUACUCUGUGUCGAUGACCAACUUCAUCGCUGCUAAGCGGUGUAUUGAUUACUUUCUUCUGGACUCCGAUGCUUCGACAGACACCUCAAGCACUGAGGAUGAAACCGACAGCUUUGAAAGCCACGAGAGCUUCCGAAAUUAUGCCAUUUCCUACUGGGCUUAUCAUUACUUGAAAGUUGCCGAUAUACACCCCAAUGCCGAUUUGGACAAUUCUCUGAAACAACUUUUGUCGCCGGAGGAGCCAAUGAAUUUUCAUUUUUGGCUCGACGACGUGAAGGAUCAAGUAGAGGCCAAAAGGCCAAAUCUGACCCAACUCAAGGAGCUCAAUGCGAUGCUGAAUGACCAAUACUCGCCCUUGUUCAUGGCCUGUGUAUACGGUCUAGCUUUCAUUCUGGAGUUCAUUGAAGCUGAGGCAUUACGGGCCGGGAAAUUCAUCGACUUCAAUAUGAAGAAUAGCCAUGGAGCAUCUGCUCUGUACGUGAGUGCCAGGUAUGGACGUCUCGAUGCUGUGCGGUUUCUCCUCAGCCGCGGCGUGAACCCAAAUAUCCCCGGUGGCUUCUUUGGCAAUCCACUCCAGGCAGCUGCAUUCCAGGGGCACCAGGACAUUGUCAGUCUUCUUAUCGAAAGACAAGCGGACCUGUUUGCGCCGGGCAAAUUUUCUAGCGCACUUGAUGCUGCUUUAGCAGGUAGUUCCGGGCCUGUGAUCAAGUUCCUGGUGGAGGCUUCCAAAAUUACAGAUGGGUCGAAACUUGAGCAGCUACUGGCACGAGCCUCAUACGAUGGCCAUGAUGAGGUAGUCUCCUAUCUACUGGGGGAGAUCAGUCAGAAUGAAGAGAAUAACGGCAAUGAUGCAGAUUUAUCGCUUCACGUUGCCUUACAGGCGGCUCUCCUGCAAGGCCAUACCAGGGUCGCAAAGAGAAUGCUCGACAGAGUUGUCGACGUAAACCUGGGAACUGGUCAUUUUGGUACCGCCCUUCAGGCGGCAGCAUUCGGCGGCCAUCUCUCCAUGGUAGAUCUGGCUCUAAAACAUGGAGCAGAUCUCAAUACUCGAGGUCGUUACGGAACGGCUCUUCGAGCUGCUGCUCUUCGAGGACAUAGUAAUGUCGUGCAACUACUUAUUGAAAAGGGUGCCAAUGUCGAAGGCAAAGAUGCCGACGCAAUGCAAGCGGCCGCUUUCAAUGGACAUUUAUCAACGGUUGGCAUUCUGAUUGACAGCAAAUUGUAUGAUUGCGACGACUCUUCCAGUAUCCGGGCCAUAGAAUCGGCCUCGUUCCGUGGCCACCUAGAAGUUACGCGGCUUUUGCUCCAGGCGUUUGGUAAGAAGGCUGCAUAUUACGCCUUUUCUGCUGGACUGGAUGGAGGCAGAGAAAACGUUAUGCAGCUUGCCCUGGAAUGGAAACCAGAAAUAAAGGCUUCUGAUCUUCCUGAUGGCACUGAAAUGUUAUGCAGUGCGGGAGGUGGGCUUUCACUACUCCCAUCGGCAGACAAAGGCUAUGAUUACCACAUCUAUGCCGUCAGUGAUGAGGGCGAGGACGAGCAGGGUACUGAGGAUUAUGACGACAGUGAAAACAACUCGACAAGUGACCAUAGUGAGAAGGAAAUAGUUGCGAAUGAGAGCGCCACCAAUAUGUCACCAAAGCCAGACACGAGCUCUCCCUGGCUCCCAAUCGAGGAAGAGCAUGACCCGGGGAUGAAGAUUGCGAAAGACAGUGAUAUCGGUUAUGGCAAUGGCAGGCUCCUUAGAAUUGCAGCUCGGAAAGGCCUUGUGCAUACCAUCAAUGUUCUCAUCGAUCUAGGUUUUAAUAUCAACACCACGGGGAAUUAUUCCGGUCCUUCCUCUGGUCAAUCAACCCCGAUCGAAGUGGCGGCGGAAGCAGGACAGUUCGAAGUAGUAGUUGUUCUCUUGAGAAUGGGCGCUGAAGUCAGACAGGCAUUAUCAUUUGCCGUACGCAACGAAGACACGCGAAUGAUUCGGCUGAUUCUUAAUGAGCAUCCUGAGACUCCCCUUGACUGGCCUCCGCUUCGCAAUAAGCGGGGAAACUAUGUGCGACCAGUCACCCCGAUUGUCGUGGCAGCCGCUUGGAAGCGAACCCGCUCUCUAAGAAUGCUACUGGCUCAUGCCAAGCAACACUUUCAAGCUAUAAUUGGGCACGGUUUGAUAAUGGCAGCGCGAAAGGGAAACUUGAGCUAUAUGCGGUCAAUUCUUAGUGACUUCCAGUUGAAAGAAUCGGAUGACGUGACUUCCUUGGCUCGUCAGCAGCAUGACACCUUUGUCCUGGUGUCAAAAAUUGCAGCCAUGAGAAAGAGUACACGCAUGAUGCAGCUUCUCCUAUGUCAUGUCUCUUCAGAAACCAUCCCAGAGCAACUGUUUGAAUGCUUUGUUCAGGUUGCUAUCUCAAAUGCCCGCUGGUACGCUGUUCUUGAAAAUGUCCAGCACAUCUUCAAUCCAUCAUUUUACGACAACCUCGCAAGAAAGGCACUGGUUUCCUUCGCUUCAAUAAAGGUGCCUUUACUUAAAGGCAAUAAUUGCAAAGAUCUCGCGGCGUACGAGGAAGGGUUUGAACGUCUCUUUGGAUGUUCGUCAGAUUUUACCUUAGCAUUACCAGACGUUCUUUGUGAGGCCGCCAAGAACAAUGACCUGGUCCUCAUAAAGCGUAUUAUAGACCUGCACCGUGUGACAUGUGCUAUGUCUACAAGGAAUAUUGCAACCUUGAUCAAUGAGGCAGAUGCAGAUGGGAAGACACCGCUGUACUUCGCAUGUACUACCGGACGCCCGGAUAUUUUUUUCUCCUUUUUGGAUGUUGGAGCUGAUACAUUCGGCCUAUAUGACCCAUUCCCAUUGAGACUUGUGGACGAAAAGGAAAUAUCGGCAAACAAAAGCCGUAAGGCAAAUCUAUUGCAAAUUGCUUUGGAUGCAUACCAAGCAUCGGACGGCGACACACGCGAAUGGUAUCGUUGGGGAAGCAGACUGUGGGAAAGGCCCCUUGAAGUAUCCUAUGGACCAAUUGUUUGCCAUCUGCUUGAUGUGGGGUUGGAGAUUGACUUGGCAUACCCGUGUUUGAUCAAGUUCUUCUAUGUUGCUUGUCGCCAGGGUGCACUUGUGUAUGUCAAAAAGCUCUUGGAGAAAGGUAUCAGUCAAAGUGCUCGGUCGAGUAGAACCCUUCGACAUGAUACAUGGCUCGAAUCGGCUCUUCAUGUUGCUGCCAUCGGAGGCCAAAUGGCUGUUGCGGAGUAUCUCCUGAGCCAAGGGGCUGAUGUGCGUGCCAAAGCAAACCUUGGAAAUGAUUCCACAACGUACAACCAGACUGCCAUCGAAGCUGCUCUAGAACGGCAUUGUCUGUCUGGGUCAGGAACGGCUAUUCAUGAAGUCUGUGCAUACCUUGUUGCCUCGGGUGCAUCUGAGAGUGAUGCUGAGCUUUUGUUGGUGAAAGCCUGUCAAGCAGAUAACUUGGCUUCUGUCAAACGUAUGCUGCGGCGUGGAACGAAAAUAACAGACGCAUCUGCCAUCAAGACAGAAGAGCUUUAUCGCAUUUUUGUCGAAGCCAAUUUCAACUUCCAUGACCAUCCUGCUGCCAUUGGGCGUCUCACGGAGAAUUCAAUGAAAGUGGGAAAUUCGGAGUUUUUCCAGGAACUGGUCGAUGUUUAUGGUCAGCUACCUGAGUCUCACGACCUUGUCAGAGCCAUAGUGGCAACUUCAAAGCGCAGAGAGAACCGGGCCUUAUUCCUGAGAAUUUUGAUAGAGGAAUGCUCUCUCGAUAUUAAUCAGGUCUAUCAGGUCCCUUGGCGCGAUCUCAAGAUGACCACAAUCCUUAACGAAGCAGCUUGUGACUUCAAGGACGCCGAUGGUGUGAGCUUUAUACUCCGAAUAGGUGCAAACCCUGAUAGUCCAGGUCUUCCCUAUACUCCUCUCACGACAAUUCUUGUGCGGGAUGCAAUAUCAACCAGCGGCCGUAGCCCCAGAGAUACACAUGCCAUCAUCAAAAUACUUUUGGGCCACGGGGCGGAUUCGAACGGGCUCCGACCAAUUGACCUGCUGCAUAUGGGUCAAGUAAAAUCUCGAACCUUCAGGACCCCGUUACUGCUUGCCAUCGUCAUGAAAAAACCUGAAACUGCCCAGAUUGUGAGGACUCUCUUAAACCACGGCGCUGAUGUCAACAUGGGACGGAUCUCACCUUUGCGUCUUUCCCAGUUUUUCGGCCAGGGAGAUGUUGAGAAUUUGCUUCGUGAGCACGGCGCUAGAGAUAACAGUGACCUUGAUUGCCCGAUCUCAGUAUUUAUUAGGGACCUCCGUUGGAAGGACACUUACUUGGAUAGGCCUGUGGAUACGAAGAAGGGCAUGGUGGCCAGGGUCCAAUGCCUGAUAUCUCAGGGCUUGAUGCCUUAA